GUUUGCCCUGUUGCCCUUUGAAGCCUUUCUGAAAUGCUGUGACCCAGGCCAACGACGUGCCCACAGCCUACCGCCCCCCUCCACCCAUUACACAUCCCCAUCCCCAUCCCUACCAAGUAAAAACCCCCGUCCAGGCCGUCCUCCCUGGCCCACCAUUGCAGGGACUGCGGCGAGACGACUCCAAACAAUCAUCUCGCGAAUAGGGCGCAACGACCAGUCAGAUCCGCCCACGACCUCGAACAGCUUUGCAUGCAUUCGCUUUCGUAGCACCAUCUCAACCACACCAGUUGAGCGCCAACCAUCAAUGCUCCCGCUCCCUCACCACCACUAACUGACACUACUGACCUCCCCGAGCACCAACGCGACGAAAAAUAAUCUCGCCAUCGCCCUCGCCCAGCGUCUCCCUCACGCUCACUCCCUAGCUCAACCGACAGUACCUACAGUAGUGGUGGCAGCAGCCGCAGCAGCGCACCAGCACCCAUACCGGUAGCAGAAGUAGCAGAAGCAGCAGCAGGAGCUACGACGACUAGCUCUGGUUCGUCGUCCCGUAGUCCCCUCGAGCCUGCCUCCAUCUGUUCUGGCCGAAUGUUCGAGCACGAGGAAGAUGGAAAGCGGUAUCAACGCAGACCAGAAUUUUAAUUAUAGGCGCCCACCACACCACGACCUCGCCGACCACGACCACGACUACGAACACGACAACCCUCAUCAAACUCAACACAUUCACCCAGCCCAUCACCCUCCCUUCCAACCGCAGCAUCAUCACCACCGCCACCAUCACCAGCAUUUGAUUGAGCCGCACCGCCAGCCAACCUACGAAGCCCCUCCCCUUCCCGACUUCGAAUCGACAUCACCACAACACCCGCACCAGCUGCCCCAAUUGCCUCCCAAGCUCCAGCUCUUGACCACCGCCAAUCUCCAGGCUAUCACGGUCGAUGGAUUCCCGGGAGUUUUGAUCGAGGGAGGUGACCCGGCCGAAUUCUACAGAGAAUAUCGUGGUGUACAACAAUCUGCCCACGGCUACACAGAUACAACAAACGGAAUGGCGGCGGCGGCAGCGUCCGAGUCGAGGCCAGCAGCAGCACCCUCCUCGCCGAGGUCCAAUGGCAAUGGCACCAUUCCAAGGCACCCCUCCGUGCCAGUUCGCAAUGUGAAACCCUCUUAUCGGUCGGCCUCGUCACCGUUGGAUGAUAGGCUCGGCCAGAGCUCUGCAAAGUCGACAGCGGCACUCAAGGUGCUCCCAAAGGGCCAGCAGCCAAGUGUGAAGGAUUUAUUGAAGCGAUUCGAUUCGAACAACGAGCAGUUGAGUGCCUCUGUACGCAGAUCCGUGGGCCGUGUAACCACCAAAGAGGGCGCACCAGGAGGUCGAGGUUAUCUGCGUGAGCAACCGGGAUUCAUGGCUCGCACAGCAAACAGCCUUCAAUAUGCUUCAAGCACAAGAGCUGGCUCAUCGACCAGAGAAACUCCGGGAGGACGAAGAUCACCAGAAAGGUCAAGGACAACCCAGAGAACCAGAUUCGCAACCGAAGAUCAGCAUUCAAACAACACCCUUUCGAGCGUGGCUCGGCCACAUCGACCGCGGCAUUCCGUUUCUGCUCAGCCCUCCAAGUCAAUGAGCAAUUUAUCGCCAACCUCACCAAUCUCUAAUCCAUCCUCCCAAAGACCUGCGAGACGGCCUCUUUUUGGUGAAGUGCUAGUUCUCGACACGGGACCACAAAUUGCCACGCGAAGAACCUCAGAUUCGAGUUUGCAUCAUACAUUCUCGGGGCAUCAUCAACGAAGUCGAUCGCAAGUAGAUGUCUCGCCUUCGUCGCCGACAGCUUGGUAUCUUGGAGUUACACCACAAUUGGAUGAUGUUGAUCCCAAUAAAAGCCGACGACGCCCUUCGCCUGGCCAUAACCGCAAUCACAGUGAUUUUCAAGAUAUGAAAGUCAAUACCAUGACUGGUGUCAAUCCAUCCUUCCAAUCACCAACUUCCCCGUCAGCGCAACAGACUCAAAAUCCAUAUUCGCGGUCUACGUCACGAUUGCCAGUUUCUACCAAAAGGUUGAGCUAUUCCUCCGAGUCAAGCCAACAGUCGCGGAAUAAUUCUCCUUUUACAUCCAAAACAAUUCAGAAUGGAAAGAUGCGAAAGCCUGACUCAAGGCCGUGGAGUCCCGCGGGACGCGCAACGACCCCUACAAGCCGUGCAAUGACACCGACACAGAGGACCCCUCGAGGAGUUAGAGGCAGGAAAGUUGAACCAAUGAAUGGCAUAAGUCUUAAUGCUCAUAUCGAAUCACCUAUGCCCAAGGCAUCUCCUCCUCUACGAAGCUCCCGGCCACGACAGCCUGUCUCCACUGUUACCACAACCAUACCAGAUUCAAGAUCAAGUUCGAGGCGCAAGAAUAUUGACUCCCCGAGUUCUACGACACCACAGCAGUUCCGAACUGGUAUGAAGCUUACUCGUAAUGGUGGUUUUGAAGACCCGAAACCUCGCAAAAUUGUCGAUGUUGGACCUGUUGACUUUGCGGCUCGUAGAGCGAAAAUCCAGAGGGCGUAUACCAAAUCAAUACAUGAGAGCGAGCAAAAGGAAAUUCGGGCUGCAAAUAUGCGCAGAUUAAGCGAGAGGCAUGCUCGAGAUGUUGCUCGUGCAAACAAGGAAGCGGAAGUAAUGAAAACGACACCAGAAACGCCCUCGUUUCCCGCUGCGGAGGUUAAAACAGAGCCAGAGUCGAGUCCUGCACCUUUGCAUAUUACGACUUCUUUUUCUAACCCCAACCCAUUCACAACGCAAACCAGUACAUUGGUUAUGGAGGAUUCACCAACGCUGGGAGUUCCAUCCGGUGUUGACGAAGAGCCACAGUCAGCAAUAUCUUGCGCGACGGGAAUCACGGAGAUCGAUCAUGAGCCACAGACAGAAGAGGCAAAAUUGGCCCAGAAGCCCUCGCAUACUCGGAAUACAAGCAAUUUGUCAAGCAAGAUUAUUUUCACGGCCGACGAACUGAGCCCAGAGCAAGCAAUGUAUGGGUUUAACAUGGAUCAACAAGAAUCUAUUGAUAUCAUACUUGCGCCCCCUGUCGACGAGCCACAAGCGAAGUUGUCUCCAGAACCAAGCGAGGCACUAAAGCCCACUAUUUUCCAGCAUAAGAGAAACAGCCAUAGAUCAAGCCAGCACUUCCUUUCAUCCACAGUAUAUACGGCAAGCCCCGUCGAAAUAACUCCCGAAGGAUCGAUCCCACAGUCGUUCGCAAAUCACGAUGAACAAGAUACCAGUAAAGGCGAGCUUUCCAGUUUUCAGUCCGAGCCAUCCUCUUUGAACACAUACGAGAGUACUCAGGAUACCUCGACUCAGGAUACCUCAAUCAACGAUCACGAAUACAGUGUUUCUCCAGAUACCCCAGAUGCGCCCGCCCCCCGCCUGAAACUACCAAAUCUAAGAAUCGCAUUAGGAUCACCUUCAGUUGCAGUCAGCGAGCCCGACAAUGACUGCCUCGUUACACCUUUUACAGACAUGGAGGACGAGGGCUCUGUGGGAAAUUCAAUUUCGAGACGGGCAUCGCCGACGUACGAUCCUUAUAAUAAUACCAACUACGAGUCUCAAAACUUGAUAAAUCGCAACAGUCAUCAGUCAUCUCGCUGGACCGAUUACUCUGUUGACUCGACAAUGGAUUACAACCGAGGGACCUUUUCCAAGCCAGCUUCUGUUGUUGGGACGCCCGAUUUGGAGAAAAGGGAACUGUCACUUUCUAGAAGGCCUUCCGCACUUCAGAACCCCCCAGUUCCACCUAAACCAGAAGGCUACAGUCCGAUGCCUUCGCCUAGGAUGGGUGCAUCAUUCCCUCGAUUCCCAAGCCCCACUCCCCAUAUACCUCCACUUUCAACUGGUGAUGGCUUCGCUGCUACUUUUGCUGACCAAAAUCGAUUGAGUGCGACUUCUGGACCCCUUUGGCCAGAUUACUCUCCGCCACUACCGCCUAUACCCACAGAAGCGAGCGAACCACCACUACCACCUCUGCCUACAGAAGCGAACGAACUAUCUCCAAUCGCACCCACUCGGACACCACCCCCGCCACUUUCUCAAAGCCAACGUCCGCCAUCCAGUGUUUAUCAGUCCAGUCACAAUGAACAGGGUCGCAAUGCUGAAUCGCGGCGUGCCAGCGAUGAACUCUAUUCUCCUCGUGCUUCGGUUUCAACUCCUCGAUCAAGCACACAAAUCUCGUUUGAAGAAUCGGCUGCAAAUUCAACCUUAAAUAGCAAACCAGCCGAACCCGAAACAGAAGAAGAAAAGGCGGCUGCCAAGAAACUGAAGGACCGCUUGGUUAGGAGGCACAAUAUUAUCAAGGAGCUUGUCGACACAGAGUCUGUAUAUCUGAAGGACAUGAACGUGGUGGAGGAGAUUUAUAAGGGAACCGCUGAAGCUUGUCCGAAACUCGACUCUGGGGAUGUCAAAACAAUUUUUAGAAAUACCGACGAAAUUGUGGCAUUUACAACGACCCUUUUGGACGAAAUCAAAACGGGUGCCGCAGCCAUUUAUUCUCCACGGGGCCAAAAGAAGGGAAAGGAAAACAAAGCUACUACCGCAGCUUCUGGAUCUGUACAAGCCGUGCCUCUCAGUGGCGAGGAUCGAUUUUCCAUGGCAGCCACUUUGAAUGAAGAGUUGACAGACGAGCAAAAAGAUAGGAGAACAUUUGUGGGGGCCAACUUUGGAAAGCAUAUGAAAAAAAUGCAAACUGUGUAUACUGAUUAUCUGAAGAGUAGCGAGGCUGCUAGCGCCCGUUUGGCUGUGUUGCAAACUGAUGCGUCUGUACAAGUCUGGCUGGGCGAGUGUAAUAUUGUAGCGAAGGAUUUGACGGCCGCUUGGGAUCUUGACGCUUUACUAGUGAAGCCCGUUCAGAGAAUUACCCGCUAUCAACUGCUCUUCAAAGAGAUCCUCGAAUGCACCGACAACGAUCACCCGGAUUACAUUGCCCUGCAGGCCGCACACACUGAGGUCAUUGUUAUGCUCAAGAACAUCGAUGAGCUGAAGAAACGCAUCCAUAUGGUCGGCAAGAUUGUGAACGGUAGAAAGCGUAAAGAUUCGGAUGUUCGAACGGGUUUAGCAAAGGCUUUUGGUAGAAGCAAAGAAAAGGCGGCAGACAAGCUUCCCGUCACCAAAACUCAGGACGACGAUGUUUAUUUCAAAUUACACGAGAAGUAUUGUGAUGACUAUCUUCGACUCCAAGUUGUCCUACGCGAUGUCGAAUACUACACUCGACAGGCAGCCACCUACGUACACGAUUUCUUGCGUUACCUUUCGGCAAUGGAGCUUGUGAUGCGAUUGAGCUCGAGUCCUUGGCCUGAAAUUGAAAGCAAAUGGGCGCGAUUCAACAUGUCAAUGCGAGACAUGGGCACGGUAGCGUUGGAAGAGCAUGUCAAGUCCAUUCGAGCCAAGGUUAUCGAGCCUUUCGAACAUGUCAUUGAAGCCUACGGUGCUCCGGGUCUUGCUAUGAAAAAGCGUGCCAAGCGUCGUCUCGACUAUGACAAGUUGAUUGCAUCUAGGGCGUCGGGAGCCAAGCUCAACGAGAAAGAUACGGCCAAGGUCGAUCAAUAUGAAGCCUUAAACGAAACCUUGAAGAUUGAAUUACCACAGUUGGCUGCGUUGACGGAGAAGCUUGGUAAUAUAUGUUUAAUUAACUUUGUGAUGAUUCAAAGACAGUGGUAUGACAUAUGGCAGAAGAAGGUCAGGACCGUGUUGGAAGAAAGCCAGAUUCCGAACGAAGUUGCUGAUAUUGUGACUAUGUUCAAUCGCGACUACAAAUAUGUCGAAGUUCGUGCACAAGAAUUGGGCAUCAUCAAUGGCAACUUUUCUGGGCUUGAGAAGGUCAGCAGUGACGGAAGAGCAUCUGAAUCUGAAAGUAGAAGAAGCCGACCAUCGAAUCUAUCCACUCGAUCCCGAGCCUUAUCAAUCAACAGCGAUAGAGCACCUCCAAGUCUUCCUACGCCUGAAUUCGCUAAGCGCUUGAGUGGUCAAUUUGUCAUGUCGCCAACUAACCCAGCACCGAACGUGCCUCAAUUCGCAUACGCCAGCCAGCCGAAUACAACCACCCACUCACGUGCUAAUUCAGGAUCCCCGGCUACACUUGAAGCUAUGACUUCUGCCCGGCCUUCGGCAAGUUUGGCAAGACCAACUACAGGAAGGAGUUUUACUUCUGAUAGUGGCAUGCAUCGCGGUAACGAUUACAACGCUUCUCGACGUGAAUCCGGUUCUACUUACAACUCGACCUCCUAUCAUCAUGUUGAUGGUCCACCUGCCUCUACACGGCCCUUUUCAGGUAUCUUCCACUCAGCAAUGCCGUUACCAGAUGGUCCAGAAGAUAGUCAGCGGUCAUCAAGAAAUUCUUCUCGUGAUCGACACGUGUCGGGUGGCUAUAAUGUGCUCUACCUGGCGGCCAGCUUGUUUGAAUUCAAUAUUAGUGCCACAAAAUCCGAGGCCGGAUACCCUUACCUGACGUAUCAGGCUGGCGAGGUUUGUUACACCACGCAUUCUCACAUUAUUUUGCCACUAACGAUUCUCAGAUAUUUGAUGUCAUCGGUGAGAAAGGGGAGCUCUGGCUCGCGAAGAAUCAAGAUGAUCCUUCUGACUCAGUUGGCUGGAUCUGGAGCAAACAUUUCGCGCGUCUGGCAACGGACUAGAAAAUUUGUUUUCAUGUGUAUUAAUGGCGUUUUCCCGUGGAAACCAAGCAUAAUUGAUAGUUUGGAGUUGAUAAUGUUACUGAAAGGGAUUGAAUGAUGAAUUUGGGUUGGGGGGUCCAGGAUGACUUCGGGAUUACAUACAUUUGGGAGAGACAAAAUGUGGCGUUCUAAGGGGUUGGAAUUCAUUGUUUUUUUUUCUCUUGCGCCCUCCUCUCUUAAUUCUUGUUUGAGGGGAUUUUACUCUGGUGCAACUGGAAAGGGG